GUAUGGUUUUCGUUUAAAAAACAAUGUUUGCGUCUGCUUGAAAUAUUUUAAGUGUGAGCCUCGUUCUGUUUGGACGUAACCCUGCUAUAUAUAAAGCUGCAUUGGCGGGAUAACUGCUUUGUCAACAAGGAUUGAACUACGCCCAUAUCAACAAAAUGAGAUAUUUUGGCGGUGUUGAAGGCGGAGCCACACACUCCAGACUAGUCAUCUGUGAUGAAACUGGCAAUGCAGUGGGUACUACCAGCGGCUUGGGCACCAAUCACUGGGGCAUUGGCAUACCCGAAUGCGCUCGCCGCAUUGCGGAUAUGGUGGAGCGUGCCAAGGAGGAGGCCAACAUAUGCAAAGACACACCACUGGCCAGCUUGGGACUGAGUUUAAGCGGCUGUGAGCAGGAAGCUACAAAUCGCGAUUUGGAGCACGAGCUGCGCAGCACUUUUCCCAAUUUGGCCAAAAGCUAUGCUGUUUCUAGCGAUACCAUGGGCAGUAUGUAUACCGCCUCCUCCAUUGGCGGCAUGGUGCUUAUCUCGGGCACAGGCUCCAAUUGUUUGCUGCGCAAUCCAGAUGGUUCUACUGCCAACUGCGGGGGAUGGGGUAAUUUUCUAGGCGACGAGGGUGGCGCUUGGUUCAUAUCCUAUCGCGCUGUGAAAGUCGUGUUCGAUCACUUGGACAACUUUGAGAAAUCAAGGUUUCCCAUUGAGCAAACCUGGACGCUUAUUAGGGAGCACUUCAGCAUCGAAACCCGUUACGAUAUGCUGACACACUGCUAUGCGAAGUUUGAUAAACCCUUCUUUGCCACACUGUGCAAAAAGUUGGCCAUAAUAGCUGAUAACGGUGACCAGCUGGCCAUGUCGCUUUUCCAGGAGGCUGGCGUGCAUUUGGCACGAAUGAUCAAGGCGCUGCUGCCUAGUGUUAGCAAGGAGCUAGUGGAGUCUGGCGAUCUAAGCGUUGUAUGUGUGGGCUCUGUUUGGAGCAGUUUCAAUCUGCUAAAGGAGGCUUUCAUAAAGGAACUUGCAAAGACAAGUAUUGCCUUUAAUCUGAAACUAGUGCAAAUCACUAAAAGCAGUGCCUAUGGAGCUUGCUACUUGGGUGCGGACAGCGCCAAAUUCAAUUUGCCACGCAACUAUGCUGACAACUUCAGCGUACUGUACGUCUACAAAGGCAGUGCGGCAGCUUCAAAUGGUAUUGCCAAAGCCGCCUGCAACUGCGAGUAAAGAUUACUAAACGUUAUAAGCGUGCAUUCCAAGUUAGUUAAUAAGUGAAACUAAUUGACUAUAGUUAAAUGUUUGUUAGAAAUACGUAUGAAAAUUUUAUUCGAUAAAGUUCAUUGUAUUGAGUAUAUUGUGUAUAGCAUUUAUAUUUUAAUGUUUGUUUGUCAAUUCAAUUAGAUUCAUUGCUAUGGUUUCUUUAAUGUGCUACCUUCCUCUUGUUUAACUUGCUGUCAAGCCAAUGAAUGUGUGUUGUCUUUGUUUUACAUCGAAUUUAUCUUUGGCUGUUUUCAUUUAUAUAUUUUUGUCAUCUUUGAAACUAAACGAGCAUUAAUUCAAAAGCAGUGGCGCACUUACAAUAAUACAAGACAUACAUAGUUUCAUGUAAUAAAUGUUAAAUC